ACUGAUCAGUCUAGAUCUUUCUGGCAUCUUGGAAAACAAGCAGAGGCAAUUGACAUCAUCAGUUCGCUGGGUCGGCAGGAAACUCAGGCUUGGCGACCGCACAUGACAAUCGGCAGUUGCAUCACACCAAAACAAUUCCCACCCAACCUACUCUUAUCGUUCCUUUUUCCUCUCCUCUUCCACACCCACCCUCCAACUACUGCUCUUUGAAGACUUGAACCCCAUAACCCAUCUCGAUUCUCAUAUCGCAUUCCCCUCUGUCAACUUGAACCGAUUUCACCAUGGCCGACUCUGGUGAUGUGAGCUACCCUAACACGGGCAGCCCCGUUGUCGAUAACCUCAAGGCAGAGGCUUCCAAGACCUCCAACGAGUUCCGCGACCUGAAGAACUCCCGCGUCACCCCUUCGACCACCACCACCAAUGGCCAGCCAUUGACUCACUACCACUCGUUGUUGUAUAGCCUGUUGAGCUGGGAACAACCUCGUGCGACCGCGGUUUCCUAUGCUACCGUAAUCAGCUUCAUUUUCGCUGCCCGUUAUCUGCCCCUUCUCCGCUGGGCCUUCAAGUUCCUGUACAUGUCGCUGGGAUUGACCGCUCUCGUUGAGAUCGCUGGUCAAGUCAUUCUCAAGCAAGGCAUUGCCAGCUCCUUCCGCCCUCGCCGCUACUACACCAUUCCCAAGGAGACCCACGAGGCUAUCCUGGAGGACCUCUCCCAGCUGUUGGACUUCUUCUUGAUCGAGUUCCAGCGCAUUUUGUUCGCCGAGAAUGUCGUUCACACCGUUGCCGCUUUCACUGCUGCCUUCACUGGCUACUGGCUCGUCCGUUUCGUUCCCCUCUGGGGUCUGGCCGUCAUCUCCGUGACCGUGGCCUACCUCGGACCUCUCGUGUACAUCAGCAACCGUGAGAUCAUCGAUGAGCAGAUUAACAACUUGCAGGAGAUUAUCAGCUCCCAGACCAACCAGCUCAAGGACCUUGCGGAAGAGCGUACCUCCCAUGCCACCGGUGUCGUGAAACAGUACGUGGGCGAGUACAGCCACAAGGCUCAGGAGUACAUUGGCCGCCGCUCUGCUUCCCCCGAGAUGACCAAGGUCCCCACCCCUGUCAAGACCGAGACUGUCACUGAGCCCACAAUCAAGACUGAAGACUUCCCCGAAGCCCCCCAGGUCGAGCCAAUUGCGCAGCCGGUCGAGACUGUUGAGCCGGUUGAGACCUCUGAGCCAGCCCCCACGGCUGCGGAGAAGGCGCCCCUUCUGGCUGUGUAAACGAGCAAGCCCCUUCCUUAGGCUUGAUCGGUUGUCAAUCACGGUCAUUCCAAUGAGAAUGGACGCCCCAUUGGGACCGCUUGCUCUUCCCUUUCGGUCAAUCUGUUUUUGACGACAUGCAGAUUCGGUGUUGAUGCUCUUUCAAUUGCUCUACGUGUAUGCUGGGAUGGAUGUAUAUUGGGCUCCAGCACACCCUCGUCUCGAUGAUAGGCGGACCAUUUCCCCCCCCCAAAACUUUCGUGGAAAUGUCCAGACGAUGAAUUGACGUUCAUGUCUGUACUUUUCUUGUCUUCUUCUUUUUUCUACUUCAUUUCUUCCCUGUU